AUGCCGUUGUCGUGUCGCUUUUAUUCGGAACGUUAUCCCGAAAUUGACGAUGUUGUCAUGGUUAAUGUACGAAGUAUUGAGGAAAUGGGUGCAUACGUACAUCUUUUGGAAUACAAUAAUAUCGAGGGAAUGAUAUUAUUGUCAGAGUUGUCUAGACGGCGUAUUCGUUCCAUUAACAAACUGAUACGUAUCGGUAAGACUGAACCUGUAGUUGUCAUUCGUGUGGACAAAGAAAAAGGUAGGAUAACUUAAUAAAUGUAUUAUUCUUAUGCUUUAUAUUAUUGAAAUAUUUAAUGUUUGAAUAAUAUAUUACAGGUUAUAUUGAUUUGAGUAAAAGAAGAGUUUCUCCAGAAGAUAUUGAAAAGUGUACGGAAAGAUUUGCUAAAGCCAAAGCUGUCAAUUCAAUUUUGCGACACGUCGCUGAACUAUUACACUUUGAAUCUGAUGCUCAAUUUGAAGAUCUAUACCAUAAAACAGCCUGGUUUUAUGAAGAGCGAACUAAAAAGAAGUCAUCAGCCUAUGAUUUUUUCAAACAAGCUGUUCAGUAAGUGAACAUUUGUAUUAAUGUUAAAAAUUAUGUUUUUUUUUUAAUAAAAAAGUAUUUUAUUUUAAGUACCAGUCAUGUGAUUAGUUUAAAUUAAAAAAUAUAUUUAUUUUUAUUAAAUCUAUAUAAAAAUUGAUAUUUUGAUAAAUAUUAUAGGUACUUGAACUAAAAGUUUAAAAUAACAGUUUGCAAGUAAUGCAGUUAUACAAUAAUGUUUCAAUUUAGUUUUUUAAUUGUUUACUCUUAAAUUAUGUAGGUAAUUACAUAAUUUUAUAAUAAUUAUUUUAGAGAUCCUUCUAUAUUGGCCGAAUGUGGUUUAGAUGAAAGCACUCAAGUUGUUUUGCUUAACAAUAUUAAACGCAAGUUGACUUCUCAGGCUGUAAAAAUAAGAGCUGAUAUUGAAGUUGCUUGUUAUGGAUAUGAAGGAAUUGAUGCAGUUAAGACUGCAUUAAAAGCUGGUCUUGCUUGUUCAACAGAGGAACUUCCAAUUAAAAUCAAUCUAAUUGCUCCACCGUUAUACGGCAAGUUAUUUUCAAUUAUAAUUAAUGUAUUAGCUAAAAAUAUUAUAAUUUAUAAUAUACAAAAACAAGCAAUUAAAUAUAUAUCUAUAUAGGUACAAUUCUGAAUGUUCUCAUGUCUAUCUACCUAGGUCUAUAACAGGGAUGGCGAAUUUAUGACAGAGUAAUAUAUAUACACACAAUUUCAGUAUUAUGGUAAUUUAAAUUGAGUUCAUAAUUUAUACUUAAACUUUCCAAAAAAAAAAAAAAAUGUAAAAUAAUGUUAUUCAACUAUUUUGUAUUUAUGAACUUGGCACUUAGUAAAUUUAAACUGUGUUAUAAUAGUUGUAUAUUUUUUAAAAUUAUUUAUAUCAUACUGAGUCGCAAGUUUAGUGAAAAAAAAACAAAUGUUAUGUUGUAAAAGGUAGUAAAGGACAGUAAAAGGUUCGUCAUCCAUGGUUUAUAGGCUUAGCCAUGGUAAAAAUUAGUUUUUAAUUAGUUUUACCAUUAAAUUUGUAAUUUUUUUGUCAUUUUCUGGUAUUUAAAAUAUUUUCCUCAAGAUUCAACCUCUAAAGGGGACCUCACUUAUGGGACUUCUGCUUGGCAUAGUAGAAAUUGGCUUUUUUUUUUAUUCAUUUCUGAUUCCCAAUAAUUACAUAAUAAUAAAUGAUUGAAUGAGCCAAUUCAAAUUCUGCCGCAAGACAAUUUGAUUAGCUAGUCUGAUUAUAUAGUUCAAUAAUUUAUUUUUUCAAUUAUAAUUUUGUUAACUUUGAAUAUAUGUUAUUAGUUAUUAGUAAUUAGUAAAUUACCAUACAAAGUAUAGAAUAAUACUAAUAAUAUUUAAAAACAUUUAAAAAUUGACUGCCUGGACAACACUUAAACUAUGUCUAUAGUGUUGAUGGUAUUUUACCAGUACUUAUUUAUUAAACAUUCAUUCAUACACAAUAUGCCUAUUGUGUUUAUUGUAAUAUUGUUUUUAUUAUUCUUAAUCAAGUUAAUUAUACUAUUGUAGUUUCUUUAAUAUUAAAAUGUUACAUAGAUGUAAUAAUGUAUAAUUAAUUCUAGUUCUAUUAAUUUUUAUUUAAUCCAGUAAUGACAACUGCAACGCCUGAGAAAACCGAUGGCUUAAAAGCAUUGCACACAGCUAUCGAAGCAAUUGAUAAAACAAUUCAAAGUCUUGGUGGCGUGUUCAAAAUUCAAAUGGAGGUAAAACAACUAACUUUAUUCUUUAAUAGUUCACUGUCAAAUAAGUUUAUAUUAAUUUGUCUUUAUAACUGAAUAAAUGGACAAUUGGCCUCCCAUGAAAAAACGUCAUGUGUGGACAAUCGAUCCCUGUCUUUGGACCCUGGCUAAUUUUUUUUCCCUGUGAAAACACUUAUCAAUUUUAUAUUGAUAUCAUGUUUUCGAAUAGGAUAAGAUAGAUACAAAUUUUGAUCGGUUUUAAAUAAAUGCUGUCAUUUAUACUGUUUUAAGCAAGAUUAUUUAAAAAUUGUUCAGUUUCAUAAAAAACAAUAAGUUUACAAUUCUUACUAGAGGACUAUUGUCAACUUCCACUUUAGAUUCCAUCUAAAAUGGUUCUAUAUUAUUAUAUUGCCAUAUACUGGAGUUGUGACGCAAUGCUAUUUUUAUUUGUUUCCAACUAAUUUUUAGAAAAAUAUUUGAAGAUUAUUUUCAUUCAAAGAUAAUUGGUUACUGUGUAUGAAAACUGUGUUUUUACUUAUGUGAGCAGUACUAUAGUCUAUAUUAAUAAUUUUUAAUAAACUGUUAUUUAUGAAAUAUUUCCUUUGAUAAAUAUUAUUUUAUCUCAUUUAUUAAAAAUGUUUUAAUCAGUAUAAAAUUAAUAAAAGAAAAAAAAGGUCAUUUUUAAGUAUUAUGACUCUGGGUUGACUGUCUGCGUAUGGCGUAUUUCACGGGACCAAUUUUCUUAAAUAUUUAUUAAUAAUUUUUGUAUUUUAUGUUUAAUAAUAAUAAACAAUAAAUAUUUGUUUUCUAUUCUAACAAUUUAUAAAAUAUUUCUAGCCUAAAGUUGUUACGGCUAGUGAUGAAGCAGACUUGGUGCGACAAAUGGAAAAAGCUGAGUUGGAGAAUGCUGAAGUUGCUGGUGACGAUGAUGAAGAAGAUGAAGAAGGUAUGCAAAAUGGAGAUGUGGAUGUAGACGAUCCCGAGGACACAGAAGAAAAGUUAGAAGAAGAAUAA